AUGGCGCUCGACGCGUGCGAGGUCACCGCGUUCGCGGUCCUCCGCCGUGGACUCGCGCACGCGCUGUGGUUCAUCCUCGGAUGCGUCCUCGGACGAUUGUCCAACGGACGCUCGAGCGGGACGGGCGAGGCGACGGCGAGGGCGACGGCGACGGCGGCGACGGCGCGCGCGCGGGCGACGACGGUGACGCCGACGACGUCGAGGGUGAGCGUGGAUGGGAAAUCGGAUGGUGGGGAGGCGCGGUCGCGGGCGACGUCGGGGACGACGCGCGGCGCGGUGGCGAUGGAGGUGGAGCUGACGGGCGGCGACGACGAGGCCGAGUCGUCGUGCGCGUGCGUGGAUGAUGAGAUGACGGAUGCGUUUGUGGAGGAGGAGGCGACGAGUGGGGUCCCGGAGGUGUUUGCGACGCGUUCGAGCGCGCGCGCUGCGGACGGAACGGCGGAGACGUUCCGCGCCGCGGAGGCGUCCUCGUCGGGGGCCGAGGAUGAGUCUCCGAACGAUAGCGACUCGGCGGAUACGAAAGAAAAGAUACAGUUCUUCGAAGAGCGCGUGUUCGAGGCGACGAACGCGGUGGACGCGGCGGAGGAUGAACGCGAUAGAGCUCGCGCGGAGGCAAACAGAAUCGAGUGGGAGAAGCGAGCGGAGGAGUUGGCGAGACAGCGUGAGGAGGCGCGAAGAUUGAAGAGUAUCGCAAGGAAAGAACGGCGUGCGCUCGAGCGCUCGCAGACGCAUCGCGAAGAGAGAGACGUUCGCGCCAAAGAGGCGGAAGAUCUCGACGCGUAUCGCGUGCACUCGCAAGAGGCAUUGAAGACUGAGGGUCUGUAUCACAUAGCGGAGAACGGCGAUCUUCAAGGUCUGUUGACUCGGCUCGAGAUCCACGAGGAAGGAAAGAACAUCGAGACGUCCUAUAAAAAGGCUCUCUUAAAAUUCCAUCCCGACCGCGCCGCGGCUCGCGGCGGAGGCCUGAAGGAGCACGCGCUGUGCGAGGAAACGUUCAAGCUCUUGCAGGCGUGUCGAAAGGUUUGGGAGAGCAUGGGCAAACCGAAUCGAACCUUUGUUCGACAACAAACUGCGCCAACUCGUUCAUGGACUCGAGGUUCGCCAGCGAGCUCUCAGACGACCGCCAAAUCGCCACCAAAGACGAGUACAACGGCGUCAGAGGGCGGAUCACAUUACUAUCACGCGUACAAGGCAGGGAGGCAAUCGAUGGACGAUGAAGCCCGCAAAAAAGAGGCUGAGAUCAACGCCGCGUUCGUUCAAAAAGCUAAGCAGGAAGCGACAGAGGCGGAGGAACGCAUGCGCGCGGAGGCUGCAGCUCGCUGGAGAGAGUUACAAAAACUGCAGCGAGAAAAGGACGAGCGAGAGAAGAGAGCAGAGUUUGUUCGCGUCGACUCCUUAGCGAAAGCUCGCGAAAGAGAAGAGCUUCGCAAAAAGCUAGAAGAGAUCAAACGUUCCGCUAGCUUUGUACCACAAGAAGAUUCGCAGGAGAACUCUCCGAGUCCUGCGGUGAAUAGGACGACGUCAGGCACGCGGGUCUUCAUCAACAUGAAGCCCACUGUGUCGCCAGGCACGGGGUCUCAGUUCACUGCAAACGCCUUCAUGGAGGUUCGUGGAACAUCUCCGGGAUCUGCGUCGCCUCGCUCUCCUCAGUCGAAGGAGGAAACGCUGACGCGGCUCUGA